UGUAAAUUCGAAUGAUAAAAAUACACACGUGUGUGGUGUGUUGCUGCUUGGUUGGUUGGUUUUAUGAUGUGUAUGAUGAACGAAAGUUGAUGUAAAAAAAUUUAAUUUCAAAAAAAGCAAAAUGUUUGAAGAACUUCGUGCUUUAUUUUCUUUUCUACAACGACGAUCAUUAUCGAUUGAUGGUCUUGUUUUUGGUAUUGUUUGUCGUAUGACAGCGAUAAUAAUGUUAGCCGGUUUAGUUGUUGUUUGUUCAAAUCAAUUAAUUGGUAAAUUAAUUAAUUGUGAUAAUUCAUUGGCAAGAGUUGAAACUGAAUUUUUGAAUACAUUUUGUUUAAUACAUACAACAUAUAUUGUUUAUGAAUCACCAUUUUCUACUGUUAAUGAAAAAUUUCCAUCUUAUCGAUCAUCAAAACAAAUUGGAAUAUUUCCAGGUGUACGUCUUAAUCGUGUGAAUCAUUAUGAUCAAUCAUCAUCCGAUCCUUUAAUACGUAUUUUUAUCGAUUAUUAUCAUUGGCUUUGGAUGAUUUAUUUUAUUGGUGGUUUAUGGUUUUAUUUUCCACAUUGGUUAUGGAAAAAAUUAGAAUGUCGUCGUAUACGAUCAUUAGUAUCACAUGCCGAUAUGUUAGUCGAUCAUCAACAUAAUCAAUCAAAUGAAUAUUUAAAAUUAAAACAAAUUGCCAAUUAUAUUGUAACAUCAUUCGGUUCAAAUGAUCGUUAUAUGUGGGGAUAUUAUUUUUGUGAAAUUAUUGCCUUUGUCAAUCUAUUUCUACAGAUGUAUACAUUGGAUACAAUUUUCAAUGGACGUUAUCUUAAUUAUGGUAUUGAUGCAAUACAAACAUUUUGGAAAUAUCAUAAUGACAAAACUAAAAGUCAAGAUUUGAAUCCAAUCAAUAUGAUAUUUCCACGUAUGACUAAAUGCGAAUAUCGUCGUUAUGGUCCAUCCGGAAAAUCGGAAAAUAUUGAUUCACUUUGUAUGCUACCAAUGAAUAUUUUCAAUGAUAAAUUUUUUCUAUUCAUUUGGUUUUGGAUUAUAAUUAUGCUUAUUGCAUUUAUGAUAACAUUUUUACAUCGUUUAGCACAAAUAAUGUGGCCAAAAAUGCGUACCAAAUUUCUAUGUGAUUUAUUAAUGAAAUCAGCAAAUUGUAAUGAUUCAAAUAUGAUGAUUGAUUUACUUACACAAUUACGAAUGUCUGAUUGGUUUUUUCUCAAUUUAAUUGCCAAUAAUGUUGAUCGAUUAUUUCUUGGACAAUUAUUAACCGAAAUCAGUAUUAUUCUUAGGGAAAAAAAUCGAUUAUUAUUGAUUGAAGUCGAUGAUGAUGAUAUAGACAAUGAUUGUAAACAAACAAAUGAUCAACAACCAGUAGAAUUUCCCGAUUCAAAAUCAUCACCAAUUUCUAUAUCAGGUCAUUGA